AUGCACUUUUUUUUCUGGACGGCGUGGGCCGUUGUUGGUUUCUUUGCCUUGCUUGGGCUUAUGGUCGAUGCUGCCGGCAUUUUGGAGAUUGACCAGGCUUUUCCACGCCCCAACGGGAACUAUGCGCCAACGUCAUCGAUGCCCAUCAUCUUUGCUUUUCGGAACGCCGAGCUCGCCCGAUUUCUCAAUCCGUCGAUUGUCUAUUACAUCUUGGACCUCAACGAAACCGGGUCUGGUCGGGGUAUGUCCUCACACGCGCACCACCUGACAUGGAAAACCAACUGGUCCAGCAGCGAACCGUACUUCGCAUAUACCUUCUUCGGGAAUUUCACUAAGGAGUCGAGCUGGAAGCUAUCCGCUGACAUCUUCUGGCAAAGCUGCGACGAGAACGACUUUGGACCUGGGCGCAACAACAUUCACACCAAUGGCUCAAGCUGGAACGUUGAGUUCCAGACCAGUAAUGAGGGGCAGAAGGUCGAUUUGGUUGCUGCAACAGCCAACGACACGGCCUGCCCGAAGGAAAUCGGAGUGGCUAUCAACGUCACCGACACAACCAUGAAGGUGCCACCGGGGAUGAGCUGGAACGGCCAGGCGAAUGGGACCUGUGUGGUGGUGGCAUCCUCAACACCGACGCAGACUGCGAAUCCAUGUCUUGUCAAGAUCGACGCUGCCGCGGCCGCGAGUAUGACUGCCGCUAGAUUGUGCCACAGUUUGUACCCGCCGUCAAACUGCACGUCAGAGAACACCGGCCAGAGGUUAGCCGUUGCGAGCCUGGCAUGCUUCACGGCUGGGCUUGGGGCCCUUCUUUCCAUAUCUUACUUGCUUGGACUUGAUGGACUGUAG